AAGAUGAAACACUAAUAUAUGAUGUGUGAUGCAGAAUCAGUCUGGAGAUAGACGAUUCUGAAGAAUGGAUUCCGAGCUGGUACUACAUACCGGUGGAUGUCACUGUAAAAGAGUAAGAUGGCGAGUCUAUGCACCAUCUAGCAUUGUUGCGUGGGAUUGUAACUGCUCUGACUGCUCCAUGAGAAGAAACACACACUUCAUAGUUCCCUCAGAGAGAUUUGAACUUCUCAGAGACUCCAAGGAGUUCAUUACAACCUAUACAUUUGGUACUCACACAGCUAAGCACACCUUCUGCAAAGUUUGUGGCAUAACUUCAUUUUACAUUCCACGAUCGAAUCCAGAUGGAAUAGCUGUUACAUUAAGGUGUGUUGACCCUGGCACGCUAACUCAUGUUGAGAUCAAAUGUUUCGAUGGACAAAAUUGGGAAGGCUCGUACGAGCAAACUGGCAUUGCUUCGUGCUCAAAGGCAACAGAUGAAGACUCAAAAUGAUAUCAGCUUCUGGUGAGCAUAAUGUAUCACUUGAUAAAGCUUGCUGCUGAAGGACCUUUAGUGAAUUGAUGAGAUCAUGUAAAAAAUUGGAAAAUCCUUCAUGGUUGUUGAUCAAGUUUUCUUGAUUCAUUUUCUCUAUCUAUUUUUCACAAAUUUGUAUUGUUAUAAUUUGAUACCUAUAUGCUCCAAUAUUUUCUUAUGCAUUAAUGUAUUUUCCCUUACAUA